AUGGAUCGAUCGAAUAGCAGGAGGAGGACGGCGGAGGCGGAGGUGGAGAUGUCGGUGGAGAAGAUAUUCGAGGGGAAGGAGGUGCCGCCGUGGGAGAGGCAGUUGACGGCGAGGGCGGUGGCGGUGAGCUUGGUGCUGAGCGUGGUGUUCACGGUGAUCGUGAUGAAGCUGAAUCUGACGACGGGGAUCAUUCCGUCGCUGAACAUGUCGGCGGGGCUUUUAGGGUUUUUCUUUGUACGGACUUGGACGGCGUUCCUCCACCGGUCGGGGCUUCUCCGGCAGCCCUUCACCCGCCAGGAGAAUACAGUCAUUCAGACCUGCGUUGUAGCUUCCUCCGGCAUCGCCUUUAGUGGAGGGUUCGGAAGCUACUUAUUCGGCAUGAGUGAUGUUGUGGCAAAACAAUCCUCAGAAGCUAACCAUCCUCUCGACAUCAAGAAUCCGGCGCUGCCAUGGAUGAUCGGUUUCCUCUUCACCGUCAGCUUUCUCGGCCUCUUCUCCGUGCUGCCCCUUCGCAAGAUAAUGAUGGUAGAUUUCAAACUGACUUAUCCGAGCGGGACGGCGACUGCUCAUCUUAUCAAUGGCUUCCACACUCCUCUCGGAGCCAAAUUAGCUAAGAAACAAGUAAGUAUGCUGGGAAAGUUCUUCUCCUUCAGCUUCUUGUGGAGUUUCUUCCAAUGGUUUUUCAAGGCAGAUGACGCUGAUUGCGGCUUCGCCAAUUUUCCUACAUUCGGCCUCGAAGCUUACAAGCAGAGGUUCUACUUUGAUUUCUCGGCUACUUAUGUUGGCGUCGGAAUGAUAUGUCCGUACAUCAUCAAUGUGUCGAUCCUUCUUGGAGCCGUAAUAUCGUGGGGAUUAAUGUGGCCACUCAUUGCUGCUCGAAAAGGCGACUGGUAUGAUGCUGAUACACCUGAAAGUAGCCUUCAUGGCCUUCAAGGAUACAGGGUAUUCAUUGCGAUCGCCAUGAUCCUUGGAGAUGGCCUCUACAAUUUUGUUAAGGUGUUAAGUAAGACCUUCUCGGGUCUUUACAACGAGUAUCAGAAAAAGAACUUGAGGCUCGUACUCCCGGUCGAGAGCCAACAAUCUCCUCCUUUAUCGACGGAUGAUCAAAUCCGUACUCAAAUCUUUCUCAAAGAUCAAAUCCCGACAUGGAUUGCCGUCGCCGGGUACCUUAUCAUCGCCGUUGUCUCGAUCAUUGCCGUUCCCUACAUCUUUAAACCCCUCAAAUGGUACCACAUUUUGGUCAUAUACAUAUUCGCGCCUGUUUUAGCCUUUUGCAACGCCUACGGAUGCGGCCUUACUGAUUGGUCGUUGGCCUCGACCUACGGGAAGCUAGCCAUAUUCGUGACCGGAGCCUGGGCUGGAACCAACAACGGCGGCGUUCUCGCGGGGUUAGCCGCGUGCGGGGUCAUGAUGAACAUUGUCUCGACAGCCUCCGACCUCACGCAGGACUUCAAAACCGGGUACAUGACGCUGGCGUCGCCGCGGUCGAUGUUCGUCAGUCAGAUAAUCGGCACGGCGAUGGGCUGCAUCGUCUCGCCGAGCGUGUUUUGGCUCUUUCUAAAGGCGUUCAAGGACUUAGGCACGCCGCAUUCGCAAUACGCGGCGCCGUACGCCCUCGUCUACCGCAACAUGGCCAUUUUGGGAGUCGACGGGUUCGGGUCCUUGCCGGAGCAUUGCCUCGCUCUGUGCUACGCGUUCUUCGCCGCGUCCGUUGCGAUCAACGGCGUCAGGGACGCCGUCGGGCCGCGAUUCGGGAAGUACGUUCCCCUCCCGAUGGCAAUGGCGAUCCCGUUUUAUAUCGGCGGUUACUUUGCGAUCGAUAUGUGCGUCGGGAGCUUGGUACUCUUCGUAUGGGAGAAGGUCGAUAGGGCAAAGGCGAAUGCGUUCGGGGCGGCGGUGGCGUCGGGGCUCAUUUGCGGCGACGGGAUUUGGACGCUGCCGAGCUCGAUCUUGGAGUUGGCCGGGGUCAAGGCGCCGAUAUGCAUGAGGUUCUUUUCGAAAUCGGUCAACGGUAAAGUCAACGAUUUCUUGAACUCUUGA